CGAUCCACCUGCAAUCGGAUGGGUAUGCAUCUCCGCCCCAGGGGGCUCGAGCCGCCGCCAGCCUCUUCCUCCCGUAACCAACCGCCUCCUUCCUAGUAGUACGACUUCCGACUAACGCGCUCUGCUCCUGGUCCUCGUCCUCCGCGUGAUCUCUUCAGUCUCGCUCCGCUGCGCCGUUGGUCUGUGCAGCAGCGCUCAGGUUGGUUCGAGCUGGCCGCUCUUCCAAUCCCCCCACCGCAUCGCAGUUCCGUCCGUGGCCGCGCGUGACGUGACGUCUCCUCGAGCGCCUAGCGCGUGGUCUAGAUCGGCAAGCGCGGCAUCCAUGGAGACAGCCAGGCUCACGCCGAGGGAGCAGGCCACGACCAGGAUAUGUCAGGUGUCGAGGUGCUCGCGGCGAUUCCCUGCAGCUUUGCGACGGAACUGCUCGAGAUAAGGUCCAAAGAGCCGUCCCUCCACGUGCUGCUUAUUGCUGGGAACCCAGGCAUCGCUGCGUUUUAUAAGGACUGUGUCGAGGCGCUCUAUGAAAACCUCGGUGGCCAAGCAUCUAUUACAGCAAUAGGGCACAUUUCACACAGCCAGAAGGAUUGCGAGCAUGGGCGAUUGUUUUCGUUGUAUGAACAAAUUGACCACAAGGUUGAUUUCAUUGAGCAAGAGCUUCAGCAUUCUGAACAACCAAUAGUUUUGGUUGGUCAUUCAAUUGGUGCAUACAUAGGCUUGGAAGUCUUCAAGAGACUUCAGAAUAAGAUAAAAUUUAUUGUAGGACUGUAUCCAUUUUUAAAGAUGAACAAGAGUUCUGUAACACAAUCAGCAAUCGGAUAUAUAGCAAGGUCAUCCCUCCUAAGUAAAUGGGCUAGUUUAUUUGCAUCUUUCAUUGGGUCACUCCGACCUUCAAUAACAAGGGGCAUUGUGAGAAGGUUCCUUGGACCUUCAUGGUCUGUAACAGCUGUUGAUGCUGCAUGCAGCCAUCUCUUAAGGUACAACACAAUGCGCAAUGUCCUUUUCAUGGCAAUGACAGAGUUCCAAAAGCUUACUGAAGAACCAGACUGGACUUUCAUCAGAGCACAAGAGGACAAAAUGGCCUUUUUGUUCGGUGUGGAUGAUCACUGGGGCCCACUAUCUCACUUAGAAGAGAUAUCAAAGCACGCACCAAGGGUCACCCUGUCGGUUGAAACAGAAGGUCACACACAUGGUUACUGCUGUACAGAGGCUGGAUCUGUCUGGGUUGCAGACUACAUCGCAAAUUUGAUUAAAAACCAAAUGCUCCUUUGGAACAACUGAGGUUCAUUUGGCAGAUGUAUCAUAAGACUCUUUUCUCCGAAAGAAGUGAAUAGCUGGAGUGUGGUGGAACUUAUUGAGGUUCCGGUUUUGAU